AUGACAGUCACCGAAUUCGCCCUCCUCCACCUCAACACCCCCUCCUCAUCCACCACCACCACCGCCCCCGCGGACACCAACACCAACACCAACACCCCUACCCCCCUCCCAACCCCCCUCCUCAAAACCCUCUCCCACGCCAUGCAAAUCCAAGACACCUGGCACGCCACCGCCUUCCCCUCCCUCCCCUCCUCCUCCCUCGCCCGCGCAGCCCACUGGUUCCGGCAGAUCGAAGACCCCUCCUGGAUCCUCACCACCGCUCUUUGGUCAUCAGUCGAGGCCCAUUGGGAUUGGAUUCGGAGUCCUGAGAAUGCAGGUGUCAUGGGCGGGUUGACAGAGGCGGGGGCGGGGGACUCUACUACUGGGGAAGAAGACGGGGAGGAGGGAAAGGGAAAGGAGGGGUGGGUGAUUGCGGAGGAUACGGGGUUGUGGCAUGUUGGUGGGGUGCUGUUUGCGGGGGAGAAGGGGGAGGGGGAGGAGGUUGGGUUGUUGGAGAGUCCGGUUAUUAGUUUGGGGAGGAUGUAUGUUAAGAAGGGGGAGGAUAGGGAGAGGUUUGCGGCGAAAUUUGAGGAGGUUCGUGGGAUUUUGGAGCGGUUUGCUCGCCCUCAUGCGGUGCGGUUUGGGUGGCGGGAGGAUGGGGAAGAGGGUGCUGAGGAGGAGGAGUUUGUGUUGGUUGCUGGUUGGGAGAGCGUUGCGCAGCACUUUGCUUUUGCUGAGAGCGCGGAGUUCCCUAAGUACGGCGAGAUUCGUGAUUUGAUCGCGCGCGUGGAACUGAAGCAUUAUCAGCGGUUCUCGCUGGAGUGA